CUUUAGUCUCUGGCAGUUCUAUUUUCCCCCUCCCCCAAAAACAGUGACAAAGGAGAAGUCAUGAAAACAGAGGACUUUCUCUCUCCCAGCUCACCUCCUAGUUCUAAACAUCCAAGCAAACAGAGACAGAGAGAGUGGGAAACAGAGGAUAGAAGCAGAGAGAGAACUAUCCCAAAAGGAAAAAAUCCUCCUUUCCCCUCAAAUAGAAUAAAAAUCGAGUCUUUAUUUCUUUAUCUUAAUCUCAGCCCACCAAUCUUCUCUCAUGGAUCCCAAAACCUCCUCCAACUCAAAACACCACCACCUCCUCCACCCUUCUUCGUCCUCUUCUACAUCAUCUCAUGAACUGCAACACCUCCUAGCCAACAACAGCAGAACCAUGGGAGAGAUGAACACCACCACCAGCAGCAACAAGCCAGCUGAAAUCAAGGACUUCCAAAUAGUAAUAGCAGCAGAAUCAAACCCAAAGCAAAACCCACCACCACAACCAUCCAAGAAGCAGACCCAACCCCAAAUUCAGACCCAGAACCAGACCCAGCAGUUAGCUCCCAAGCGAAGCUCAAACAAGGACAGGCACACGAAAGUUGAAGGCCGAGGGAGGAGGAUAAGGAUGCCAGCUCUAUGUGCAGCAAGGAUUUUCCAGUUGACCAGAGAAUUAGGUCAUAAAUCCGAUGGAGAAACCAUCCAGUGGCUUCUCCAGCAGGCUGAGCCUUCCAUUAUAGCUGCCACCGGUACUGGGACCAUCCCGGCCUCUGCCUUGGCUUCAGCUGGUCCUCUCCCCAUUUCUUCUUCUACUUCUCAUUUCCCUUCUUCUGGGGUUCAUUCUGAUUUGGGGCCCAGCUCCAGUAGGCCCACCAAUUGGCCACCAGCAGGAGUAGGGAUUUGGCCGUACGCUUCUGCCCUUGCUGAGAAUAGUAAUCCUAACAAUUACUUGCAGAAAAUUGGGUUUCCAGCUGGGUUCGACUUGAGUGGUGGAAAUCUGGGACAUAUGAGCUUUGCAUCAAUUUUGGGAGGGGGGAACGGUAAUAGUAGUCAUCAUCAGCAGCAAUUGCCUGGUUUGGAGCUUGGGUUGUCACAGGAUGGGCAUAUUGGAGUGAUAAAUCCACAGGCUUUGAGUCAAAUUUAUCAGCAGAUGGGUCAAGGGAGAGUGAAUCAGCACCACCAUUUACAGCAGCAGAAUAGUCAGAAUCAUGAUCAGAAUCAGAGUCAGCAGCAGCAGCAAGGUGGGAAGGAUGAUUCGCAAGGGUCGGGAGGGCAGUCAGAGAAAAAUGAUUACAGUUGAGCCAGUUUGCUCACUUUUGGGACGAUCAGUCAGUGUGUUGAUGCUGUUGGAUUGCACCGAUGGUGUUAUAGGGAUUAGAGAUUUGUUUGUUUGUUGAUAUAUAGGGAGGGAGAAAAGAGAGGGAAUUUGUGGAUUUGGGGUUCAUGGUUUGUUUGUCAUAAUAGGGAUUGGAUUGGAUUUGAGGAUUUUGCUUCCCUCUCUUUGUAAAUGGGUAAAACCAACAAGUUUCUUCAAACUAAAGGUGAUUACUUUACUCGAGUUUCCAUCUUCCAUAUCUAUUUUCGCCCAAAAACUUAACUUGUGAGUGAUAUUAAUGUCUGUUUGUUGUUCCCUUUUGGGGUUGUGGGACUUUUGAUGCAGGUGGGAGUUGUGCACAUCCAGAAAUAGGUGAAUUUUAUUCAACAGAAAGGUUUGUUGGAUAAUAGUGUGAGGUAUCUUUGUUUUCUCUUUUCCUUUUCACAAAUUAUUUGGUUCCUUCUCCAGGUUCUGAAUGGAGGGAUUGAUAGAUGAAGAUGAUCUGUUUUUAUUCUCCUGGGUUAUUGAAUAUAGAAAAUUGAAGUAUGCUCUUUAUAUUGCUAUACAGAUAGUAGCAAUAGAAUCUAUUGGGUACUUUGCCGCUAUUAUGUUAAAACAUGGGCAGUUAGUAUACUAAUUCUUCAGUCUUGGUUAGUAAUUUUAUUUUCUUCCUCCCUUCUGCAUAAUUCUUAAGAGUUCAGGAUGUCAUUUUCCAUAGAGCAUCAAGCAGUCCAUCACAAGUUUCUUCAGCAACUCAAAUUAUUUUGACAAGAAUAGGUUCUCAACAUAUAAAAUGUUUGUCAACCGAAAGGUUGUCUGGUUGUGUGUGUGUCAGACAGAAUCGAAGUAUCGAAGUAACCCUUCUCAACACCAUUAGUGAUUUGAGCAUAAGGUAUAACACAUAUGCAUGCGAAAUUUCAAGCCAUUGUGUUCAUUUUCGUGCGAGGACGCAUGUAAUUGUGCAAUGAAUGAUGUAUGACCUCAUUCUUGCACCUCGCUCAAUCACUCCUAAGUUAUUAAGAUGAAUUGGCUCUCGAUAAUUUGAUAUGGUACUUUGGCUCUUUCUGCUUGGAAUGCUUCAUGAGUUUUCUAAUUCCUUCUGAUAAAAAUCACAGCACAGA